AAAUUUUAGGAGAAUCGAUUAUUCCUUUUUUUAAUUGUAGUUAAAAGCAAACAAAUACCAAUUUUAAUCAAGUUUAUUUUAUUAUAAUUAGUUUCUAUCACUUUUAGCGGUUCUAUAUUAUUACGUAUUGCCGUCACGUCACAAAGUGCCGAUCGGUAACGAGUUUAAAAGCAAGUUCAACAAGUUAUUGUUAUAGAAAAAUGGAAUUUAUAGAGCUCAUAUCAAUAAAUAAAUUGGACGGUGUUAUUUUAAAAUAUCCCCACCAGGAUAACGUUGAUGGUACGGUGUGUAUUACUGGACAUCACCUCAUUUUGAGUUCACGAAAAGAAGGCGUUCGCGAACUAUGGCUUCUUCAUAGAAACAUAGAUAGCAUCGAGAAGAAAGAAAACAAGCCAGUCAAUGGCAUCAUGCAGGGUGGUUCCUUGUUCUUGAAGUGCAAAGACCUGCGGAUAUUCCAGCUUGACAUCAGCUCCAGCGCAGAGUUGAACAUGCUGGCCCAAACCCUGGAAAACCUCUCCGGACUACAAGAUCCCAGCCUUUUCUAUCCAUUUUUUUAUAGACAUAUGCACCCAAUUAUGGAAAAUGGGCAUACAUUAUAUAGUAUAGAGGGUGAAUUCACAAAAGUGUUAGCAACAGAGGAGUGGAGGAUAUCUCGAGUCAACCAAAACUACACUGUGUGCCCGGCGUACCCAAAGGCAGUGGUGGUCCCCAAGAGUGUAGAUGAUGAUAUGUUAUUCCUGGCUGCAUCAUUCAGACAAGGAGGCCGAUUUCCCGUACUCUCCUAUAGGCACAACAAUGGGGCAGUGUUGCUGCGGGCAGGACAGCCGCUGUACGGGCCGAAGCACCGGCGCUGCCGGCCCGACGAGGCCAUCCUCAACGCAGUCGUGGGCCCGGGCAUGAAGGGCAUCAUAUACGAUCUGAGGAGCAACAGCGCCAUUUCACAGCAGCAGAGUAAAGGCGGCGGCACGGAGAGCAACUCCAACUACUCCCAGUGGAAGAUCUACAACCGGUCGAUGGACGACGUCGACAAUCAGCAACAACUCCUCGAUAGUUACGCCAAACUUAUUGAAGCCUGCAACGACCGCGAGAUAUCGAGCGACAAGUGGAUAUCGCGGCUGGAGUCGUGCGGCUGGCCGGAGAGCGUCCGCAACGCGCUGCACACCGCCUGCAUCAUCGCGCAGCACAUACACCAGAAGGCAGAGCCGGUGCUGGUGCACGGCACGCGCGGCGAGGACGCGACGCUGCUAGUGUGCUCACUAGUGCAGAUUAUACUUAACCCCGACUGCAGGACUAUACGCGGUUUGCAGGCGCUAGUGGAGCGCGAGUGGCUGUCGGCGGGGCACCCGUUCGGCGAGCGGCACCGCUGCGGGCCGUACUCGAGCGCCCCCCGCGCCGCCCCCACCUUCCUGCUGCUGCUGGACUGCGUGCGCCAGUUCCUCGAGCAGUUCCCCUGCAGCUUCGAGUACCGCCAGUCCUUCCUCAUCACGCUGUUCGAGCACUCGUACGCGAGUCAAUUCGGGACCUUCCUAUGCGACAAUGAGCAGCAGCGCGAGUACCGCGGCGUGAGCGAGCAGACGACCAGCGUCUGGUCGUGGAUCAACCAACCGGACGAGCUUUCUACCUACAUUAACCCGCUGUACGACCCCACGCCUUCCGUCAUCUGGCCUUCCGUGGCGCCCAUGAGCUUCGUCAUAUGGGAGGAGCUGUACCUGCGCUGGUCGAUCCCGCAGUCGACAGAGCAGCGCGAGGAGCAGUACGGCGCCAUCCGCGCGCGCGAGCAGUCCCUGCGCGCGCGCGCGCACCAGCUCCGCCGCGAGCUGCUCGACCUCGCCGCGCAGUACUACGCGCCGCAGGACAAGCAGGAACUCCUGCUACACAACUAGCUAAAGCUUCAAUUAUUAUUAUGCUGUACAGAUAAGUAGAGGUAACCUCCAUAUUACGCGUCGCAGGACAGGCGUGAACUGUGUACAAGCCUCAACAGAGAGCGAACCUUUGCCUUCAUGGGCCCAAACAUUCAAUUAAUACUGUGCCCAUACAUAGAUGUAACUUUUAUAUUACUCGCCGCAGGACUAAUUAGGGAGGAACAGCUUUAUAAAAUCGCAAGCCUUCACAGUUGUAGCUUUUUAACUCUGUCGGUUCGAGCUUUUAAAAGGCCCUAAAUUGCGAUCAGGGUAUGAACGCUAGGGCCAAAUAGAAAAGAGAACAGAGUUCCAUAACAUUUGUGUAUUCCAUUUGUGAGUUCCAUAACAUUUGUGUAUUCCUAAAGAAAAAGAUAAACCGACGUAUAGUCUAUACCGCGUUAGUAAUUAUUAUUUAAUUUAUCGGUUCUUAAGUUUUGAGCGAGUGAUGAUUUCGUUUUACACAUGAACUGACCUCACAGUUAGAACACCAAUUGUUAGUUAGGUAUACAGCAUAACUAUUAGUAUUAGGAACAUUGUGUAACGCUGUGUGUUACUUAUUGAUAAAAUCAAAAUUAUAACUACAAUUAUAAAAUGUAUUACAAAGAGAAAGAUACGAACUGCCAGCUAACUAAUUAACGUAAGUACCUAAGUACGUAAGUUAAUAUAGCUAUGAAGGGUCAAUAUAUUUAUCAAGUAGGUACAUAUACAUUAGGCAUUUUGUUUUCAAUUGCUUUGUGUCUAGGUAAAGCGAUCAAUUGCUUUUAUAAACAAUAUAAUAAGUCAUCUUACGCCGUCAAUACACUUCGUGGUAUAUUAUCGGGUUGCGGGAAAAAUUUGGGAGUUGUCUUACAAAAACAAUGAAAUAUUGCCUUGCCUUGGCUACCUUGCGGCCGUGCCUUUUAAUUAGGUGGCUCCAUGACACAACCGCAAUGUCCGUAAUGGUAAAAUAACUUUACAGUACAUAUGGUCCUACUUUCUUGUACUAGUGCGGGAAUGACCACUUUCCGUGCUUAUGUCAAAAAUUUAAAGGGCCAUAUGACGUAAAACGUUGUAGGAUACACGUGCGAAUAGGUAAUUCGCAACUCGUGUCGUUUUAAAACCCUCCCUUCGAUCGUGUUAUAAUUUAUCGCCACUCGUUUCGAAUUUCUUCUUUUCCGCACUUGUAUCGUAAAUAACUAUUAAAUAACAAGUACAAGUACUCUAUAAAAUACCUAGCUUUAAGACGGUUUUCCCUAGUCGCUGUUUUACUUUUUUACCUAUUUACAAGAUAUUCGUCUCACAUAUAAAGAAUCCCGAAAUAAUAAUUUAUGUUAAUAAACUUGUAGAACUGACGCAUCUAGUCGUACGACUACAAUGCACACUGCAAUACCCGUACAAUGGUUUGUAAAAUUGUUUCGAGCUAAAUUUGCUCGUGUGUAGUCUAUUAAAAAAUAUAUAAUUUAUAUUCAGUUUGACAUCCGUUUAGUAGUAUUUAUAAUAAGCGGUCAUAAAACUACAAGUAUAUUAUAAGUUAGGCCUAAAUUAUGUACCUAUAUGUCAACGUUAAUAUUUUCAAAAUUGCAAUACAAAUCGUAUUUACUAAACGCUUAAAACCUCGUCAUCUAUAAUAAGUAAUUUUAAUUAAUAAGGUUAAUAUCAAUAUAACAUACAAGGUACAGUCAACUGUAAAAAUGUGGGUAUAACCAACUUAUUCAAAAAUAUGUCCCAUAGUUCUUAAUUCGCUCACAUAAGAGCUAUUACAGUUUACUGUACAACGCCUUACAUAACACUAAUUUAAACUUUUACGAUUAUUAAACAUUAUUAAAUUGCACAACGGGACUUAGUCGCGUAUUUAAGUUUUAAAGCGCACCAUAGCAGAAAGAGUUAAGGAACAUAUCGCAGCUGUCAAAAAUCGUCAGGUGAUCAAAUCUGCCGUGGCUGAGCAUUUGCUGGAGUCAGGACCAAACCACUGGAUUGAGCUUCAUAACCCUAAAAUCCUUUCCACGGAUCGCCAUUUCUACAGUAGAAAAGUGCGGGAAGCCAUUGAAAUCAAAAAACGUUGCAAUUUCAAUCGGAACGAGGGUUUUAAGAUCUCAUCCACAUGGAAUCCAGUCAUUAGUAAAUGUAAGCGGAAACGAAUAUCGACAGUCGAUAAAGCGAAUAUCGUUAGUGUUGUGUGUCGACAGAGUAACAUCCCUAGGGCGCAAAACGUUCAAACUGAUAAACAAGACCAAGUGCGGGUAGUUCGAAAAACUCGCGCGGCUAGAAGAUGUUGAUGUCAACUUGAGCCAGUCUUCUCCGAGACCACGGGCACAACGCCGUCCUCGAAACGUCGGAGGUAAAACUUAAAUACGCGAUUAAGUCCCGUUGUGCAAUUUAAUAACGCCUUACAUAUUAUGGAACAGCUCAUUUUGUUUGUAGGGAACAUGUAUAUGAUUCAUCUUUCGUAUGCUGUUCUCUUUUUUUUUCAUUUACAUGGUGAUCAUGACAAAUAGAGGUGCACUGAUCAGUGCCUGAGCAUACUUAAGGUUAAUAUACACACGGAGUGUAAAUUGAAUACGAGCUUAUUUUACAAUAAAUUAUGAAAAUUAUACACAAUAUUUCAGCUAUUUAUGUUGUCGCACCUGUAACGCAAAUUGUACUAUAAUAUGUAGAUUCAUAAUUACAUGACAUGAUAUUGUAAUGACUUGUUAUUAGGACGUUCACUUUUCGUGUUACCGUAACUAAAUGGCCUGCUUGAUGAAAUUUCGACAUAGUUACUACAUGCCUAAUACAUAUAAUAAUUUGUAAUGGAUUAAAUAUUUGCUCGUAAUCCAUUAACACUCGGUAUAGCUCUCGCGUCGGAUGAUGGUCCCUAACACAGUUCCUUUUUUUAUACAGGGUUGCCAAAAAAUAAGUGCCUUCCCGUUGCCAGGGAGGUUUUGGGAUGCUUUUACUAUGGGACCAACCCCGAAAUCGCGAAAAAAAAACAUACAUUUUGGCUAGUCCACGUUCUAUUAUGGGAGGGUAAUUUUAUUUUUCGCGAUUUCGGGGUAGGUCCCAUAUUAAAAGUUGCACAGUAUAAUCCAAAACCUUUCUGGCAACGGGAAUGCACUUAUUUUAAAUAUUGUUUUGUUUUAAUUAAUGUAUUAAUAAUAGUCAUUUAAUUGAAAUUUAGCAAGUUAAUUAAUAUCAAUUAAUAAAAGUACGGUAAAUAUACAAGUACGGUAAGACAACUGGAAGGAACUGUCAUAGGGAGCAUCAUUCGACGCGAGAGGUAUAUUUAGUUAAUAAGGUACCAAAUAUCAGCCCGCGUAAGAAAUGAGGGCCAUUCCAGUUUUAACUACUGAGUCUAGAUUUAUUUUCAUUAAUUUAACAUAAUGAGCGUUGCUACUUCCACCUUUAUUAUUGUAUUUAUAUGUACAUAUACAGGGUGGAAAAAUCGAGUGCCACAUGGAUGGCAACUACCUUAAAUAUUGUAAAUAGCACAUUUUGUGUAAAGGAGACUUUCCUUUGUUUAUAAAAACAAUAAAUUCUGCAUUUAAGGAUUUAUGAAAAAUCGCUUGCCUCAGUCGGGACUCGAACCGGUCAAAUGUGAUAAAAAAAAACAAAUUUAAAAGGUAAUUGUUAGUUUUCAUGGGCUUCCGUUAUUCUGAUUGUAUUUGUUGUUUAUAUUGUAUAGAGUAAAAUGAACCUUAUCAGUAAACCUUUCAAUCUGCAUCAUAAAAUACGGCGUUAUUUUUUGUCACAUUUGACCGGUUCGAGUCCCGACUGAGGCAAGCGAUUUUUCAUAAAUCCUUAAAUGCAGAAUUUAUUGUUUUUAAAAACAAAGGAAAGUCUCCUUUACACAAAAUGUGCUAUUUACAAUAUUUAAGGUAGUUGCCAUCCAUGUAGCACUCGAUUUUUUCACACUGUAUAGGUUUAGGAUGACCAUAGCCUCUGGACAAACCUUAAAAGUUUGUAGUGUUCACUCAGGAAUUUAUAACUAGAAGACAAAGUAUCUCAACAACCAGAAUAGUAUCCACAAAGAAACAGGUACAGUUUAAACAAGCAGAUACAAAGUUUACUGCUAAAAGGGCCCACUGAUUAACAGUCUGCUGGACGGA